GGCUUGAUCCAGUAUCAUAUAUAAUAAUUGUGUGGGGGGAUCUUUGACUCAAAACAGAUUGCUUUAUUCCGUUACCCAACUCUUUAUCCAUCCCGAGGAAUUGAUUUCGCCUUUUCCAAAACUUUUUAAUAAAAAUAGAGCGAUAGCUUUCAUUCACCCUCGGUCAACAUGUCAACCGUAGACAAGGAGGCUGAUACAAGCUCUGACAACCACAACAAUCACUCGAACGCUGAAACUGUUCGAGAUGAGAUUGUUGAUUUACUAGUAGAAAAACAACCUAUACCACCCGCCAUCAAUAAUCUUGGAGUCGUUGCCGAUCCUACCCCACUCGCCGAAAAGAAAGAGGGGGCCAAACCCAAAGCCGGCAUCUUUGGCCUGAAGAAAGAUAAAGAGAAGAAGAAGAAGCAACCUGCUGUUGGCAUAUUCACCUUGUUCCGAUUUGCCAAUGCGCGCGAUAAGAUUCUCAUUUUAAUUGGUGUUAUCUGCAGCGCUUCUGUUGGUGCUAUUCAACCUGUGUCGAUCAUUAUUCUAGGCAAAUUUUUGACGGACUUUACAAAAGUAUUAACCACCCCUGGUGAAGAUAUCUUGGCGGCUGUGAUGCCAGUCAUUCUAAUUUUUGUCUACCUUGGUACGGCCAACCUUGUACUUGGUUAUUUGUGCCAAUGCUCUUGGGUCCUCUCUGGAGAGUUCCAGACCCGCCGUAUUCGCAAGAUGUAUGUCCAUGCUAUCCUGCGUCAGGACAUGGGCUGGUUCGAUCAAGCGGAAGAAGGUUCUUUGACCACCCGACUUGCUGCUGACACCAAUCUUAUUCAGGACGGUAUCAGUGAAAAGUUCGGCAUCUUCAUUCAAUGCUGUUCGCAAUUCAUCACAGGUUUUGUCAUUGCUUUUGUCAAGGGUUGGCGAUUGGCCCUGGUAUUAUUAGCCGCCAUGCCAAUUAUGGGUGGAUGUGGUAUCUUUAUCGGUAUCUACAUUACUAAAUUUACCACCAUGGGUCAAGAUGCUUAUGCCGAUGGUGGUGCCGUUGUCGAGCAAGCAAUUGCUGGAAUUCGAACCGUCUACUCUUUCAGUUUGCAAAAGCGAUUCCUCGACCGUUACAAGGCUGAGUUACAAAAGGCUUACGUGGUCGGUAGAAAGAAGGGUAUUGUCCUCGGCGUGGGCUUUGGUAGUUUCAUGUUCAUCCUCUUUGCCACUUAUGGUCUCGCUUUCUGGUAUGGCUACACACUUGUCGUCAACAAGACCGAUGGAAUGAAUGGCUCUAGUGUUUUGGUUGUAUUCAUGUCAAUGAUGAUUGGUGCCAUGUCACUUUUGCAGUUGCCUCCUCAGCUCAGCGCUGUGACCAGUGCUAUGGGUGCGGCUUACAAGAUUUACAACACCAUCGAUCGUAUCCCAUCGAUCGAUCCAGAUAGCACUGCUGGUAAAAAACUCGAUACAGUCAAGGGUCACAUUGUCUUCAAGGACGUCAAGUUCAAAUACCCCACUCGACCUGACACCACCGUGUUGAAACAUCUUAAUUUGGACAUCAAGCCAGGCAUGACCGUCGCUUUCUGUGGACCAUCAGGUUCUGGAAAAUCCACCAGCAUUCAACUGAUUCAACGUUUCUAUGACCCUCUUGAGGGAUCGGUUUCCCUCGAUGGCUCUGACUUGAAGGAUCUAAAUGUUUCUUGGCUUCGUCAGCAUAUUGGUGUAGUGAGUCAAGAACCUGUCCUGUUCAAUAUGAGUGUCAAGCAAAAUAUUCUCAUGGGCAGUGUUACUGGAGAUGUCACGGAAGAGGAAGUCAUUUCUGCAUGCAUGAAGGCCAAUUGUCACAGCUUUAUUACCCAACUUCCAAACGGAUAUGAUACCAUUGUUGGUGAACACGGAGGCAUGCUUUCCGGCGGUCAAAAGCAGCGUAUUGCCAUUGCAAGAGCCUUAGUUAAAAACCCACCGAUCCUUCUUCUCGACGAGGCUACAUCUGCUUUGGAUACCGCCUCUGAACGCCUUGUACAAAGGGCAUUGGAUAUCGCUUCAGCUGACCGAACAACUGUUGUUAUUGCACACAGACUGUCCACUAUCAAAAAUGCCGACUUGAUUGUUGUUAUGAGAGAUGGAGACAUUGUGGAAGCUGGCAAGCAUAAUGACCUUUUGGAACAAGAUGGUGUUUACAAGCAGCUCGUGUUGAAGCAAAAGAUCAAGAUGCAAGAAGAUGCUAUUGCCAAAGGAAAAGGUGACCCUGAAGAAGUGGAUGUAUUUGAAGAUGACUCGCUCGAUGACGCUUCGCUUGAACGUGCACUACAAGAGGAAACUGUCCAAAUUGCAACCGACAUCGUUGAUGCUGAACGCGUUGCCCAGACAAGAGUCAAUGUCGCUGAUACGGAUGUGGAUGUUUAUGAAAUCAAGCGACUUAAGGAAAAAGAGGAAAAGAAGGCCAACUUGAAGAAGAAGGCUCCUGUUCUUAGAGUGGCCUCCAUGAUGCGAUCCGAAUGGCAUCUCAUUUUGUUUGGUGUGCUUGGAGCUGCCGUCGCCGGUGUCAUCUUCCCCGCUUACGCUCUUAUUUUCUCCAGAGUUAUCGUCAUGCUUCAAACCGAUCCUCAGUGGGCACCUCCCUUCCAAGGACCCAAUCUUUAUGCCUUUAUCUUUGUUGUUUUAGGUAUUGGUGCAUUCUUUGCAUUCUCUACCCAAGUUAUCUGCUUCGAAAUUGCUGGAGAACGAUUCACUGAGCGCCUACGUGCUCUUGCUUUCGAGGCUAUGCUCAAGCAAGAAAAUGGUUUCUUUGACGAAGAAUCUCACAGUCUCGGUGCUUUAACCUCCCGUCUGGCCACCGAUGCUGCCAAUGUCAACCAACUGAUCACCAAAGUGUGGGGUGAUGUUGCGCAACUUUGCGUCACCGCUAUUACUGGUCUCACCAUCGCUUUUGUCAACGGAUGGCUUUUGACCUUCAUUGUUUUGGCUUGUGCUCCAUUCAUGGCCUUGGCUACUGGAUACGAAUCGAGAGUACAUCGUGGUUUUGAGAACCAAACCAAGACGGCUUAUGAACGAAGUGGAGAUGUUGCUGCCGAAGCUAUCAAGGAAAUUCGCACUGUCGCUGCUCUUACAAAGCAAGAAUAUUUUGAAGACCGUUAUGAAAAGGCAAUUGCUCGACCCCACAAACUUGCUCAAAAGAAGGCUUUCCUGGCGUCUGUUGGCUAUGGUGCCACUCAAGGUAUGAACCUGUAUACCAACGCUGUUGCUUUCUACGCCGGUAUCCGAUUGAUCAAGAGCGGUCAGCUUUCAUUCCAACCUAUGUUUACUGUUUUGAUGGCCAUCAUGAUUACUGCUACUGGUAUGGGCCGUGCUUCAACUUUCACAUCCACUUUUGAGAAAGCCAAGAACUCUGCCAUCAGCACUUUUGAGCUCAUCGACCGUCAACCUCUCAUCGAUCCCGACCAAGAGGGAGCGGAACCUGAAAGUGUUAGUGGUGAUGUCGAAUUCCAAGACAUUCGGUUUGCUUACCCCGCUAGACCCAACGUUGAGAUUUUCAAGGGCAACUUCAGCUUCAAGGGCAAGGCUAACCAGUCCAUUGCGUUGGUGGGUCCUUCUGGUUGUGGCAAGUCAACCACCAUCGGAAUAUUACAACGCUGGUAUGAUCCCAAAGGAGGAAUGGCCAAGGUCGAUGACAAGAACAUUGCGGAGUAUUCUCUUCAUAAUCUUCGCAGUCAUAUGUCACUUGUCAGUCAAGAGCCUGUUCUAUUCGACAUGUCGAUCCGCGACAAUAUCCGAUUCGGAAUAGAGUCGGACAAUGUGACGGACGAACAGAUCAAUGCCGCUGCAGAGAUGGCCAAUAUUUUCACCUUCAUUGAUGAACUUCCCAACGGUUUGGAUACAAGAGUCGGUGACAAAGGAUCUCAGUUGUCUGGUGGUCAAAAGCAACGUAUUGCCAUUGCCAGAGCUCUUAUCCGUAAUCCCGCUAUCUUACUUCUUGAUGAAGCCACUUCUGCCUUGGACAGUGAAUCGGAAAAACUCGUUCAGCAAGCCCUUGAUAAGGCCCUGGCUCAAGGUGGACGUACUACUAUCACUAUUGCUCACAGACUCUCAACCAUUCAAAACUCGGAUCUCAUCGUGGUGGUCAAGGAUGGUCAAGUUGUUGAACAAGGCAACCACUUUGAAUUAUUGGCACUAGAUGGUGUAUAUGCUGACUUGGUCAACCAACAAAACUUGAAUGCUAACUAGAUACCAUUUGGUUCACUCACCAAGAUACAUUCUGUUUUCUUUCUUUGUCCCCCAAUAAAAAUAUGUCUUUAGACAAACCCCCCAACAUUACACUCG